GCGGCGCUGCCCAGCUCAGUGGCGUCCGGAGCCGCCGAGCACCUGUGAGUUCGCGGAAGUCCUGCUAGAUUCCAGCCGGGCCCAGCCCGGCCGAACCCGACCCGACCCCCGCGCGGCCCGCCAUGGGCCCUCCGUGCCGCAGCCUCUCCGCGCUCCUGCUGCUGCUGCAGGUCUCUUCGCGGCUCUGCCAGGAGCCGGAGCCCUGCCGUCCCGGCUUUGGUGCCCAGAGCUACACGUUCACGGUGCCCCGGCGGCACUUGGAGAGGGGCCGAGUCCUGGGCAGAGUGAGUUUUGAAGGAUGCACUGGUCAGCCGAGGACAGUCUAUGCUUCUGAUGACACCCGAUUCAGAGUGGGCACAGAUGGUGUGGUUAUGGUCAAGCGGCCUCUACAGCUUCAUAAUCCGGAGAUGAGUUUUCUUGUCCAUGCCUGGGACUCCAGCCGCAGGAAGCUCUCUACCAAGGUUACCGUGAAGGCAGCCACGCACGAGCACCACCGCCACCACCACCACCAUGAGGCUGUCUCUGGAACCCAUACAGAAGUGCUCACAUUUCCCAGCUCCCACCAUGGUCUUAGAAGACAGAAGAGAGACUGGGUUAUCCCUCCUAUCAGCUGCCCAGAAAAUGAGAAAGGCCCAUUUCCUAAGAAUCUGGUUCAGAUAAAAUCUAACAGGGACAAAGAAACCAAGGUUUUCUAUAGCAUCACUGGCCAAGGAGCCGACACACCCCCUGUUGGUGUGUUUAUUAUUGAAAGAGAAACAGGAUGGUUAAAGGUGACAGAGCCUCUGGAUAGAGAAGAAAUUUCCAAGUACAUUCUCUUCUCUCAUGCUGUGUCUUCGAAUGGGAAUGCAAUCGAGGACCCGAUGGAGAUUGUGAUCACGGUGACAGAUCAGAAUGACAACAAGCCCGAGUUCACCCAGCUGGUCUUUGAAGGGUCUGUCAUGGAAGGUGCUCUUCCAGGAACCUCUGUGAUGCAGGUCACGGCCACAGAUGCAGACGAUGACGUGAAUACCUACAAUGCUGCCAUUGUGUACUCCAUCCUCAGCCAAGAGCCUAUGCUGCCUCACAAGCAAAUGUUCACCAUCAACAGGGACACGGGAGUCAUCAGUGUGCUCACCACCGGGCUGGACCGGGAGAGUUUUCCCACAUAUACCCUAGUGGUCCAGGCUGCUGACCUUCAAGGUGAGGGCUUAAGUACAACUGCCACAGCCGUGAUCACAGUCACUGACGCCAAUGACAACCCUCCCGUCUUCAACCCCACCUUGUACGAGGGGCAGGUGCCUGAGAACCAGGCUGAUGUCCUAAUCACCAGACUCAAAGUGACGGAUGCCGACGUCCCCAACACCCCGGCAUGGGAGGCCGUGUACACCAUAUUAAAUGAUAAUGAGCAGCAAUUUGUUGUCACCACAGACCCAGUAACCAAUGAAGGCAUUUUGAAAACAGCUAAGGGCUUAGAUUUUGAGGCCAAGCAGCAGUAUAAUCUGUUUGUGACCGUGAAGAAUGUGGCCCCCUUUGAGGUCACUCUCUCCACCUCCACAGCCACUGUCACCGUGGACGUGAUGGAUGUGAACGAAGCCCCCAUCUUUGUGCCUCCCCAAAAGAGAGUGGAAGUGCCUGAAGACUUCGGCGUGGGCCUGGAAAUCACAUCCUACACUGCCCAGGAUCCCGACAAGUUUAUGGAACAGAAGAUAACGUAUCGGAUUUGGAGGGAUGCUGCCAACUGGCUGAAGAUUAAUCCUGACACUGGUGCCAUUUCCACUCAGGCUGAGUUGGACAGAGAGAACUUGGAGCACGUGAAGAACAGCACGUACACGGCCCUCAUUAUAGCCACGGACAACGGUUCUCCACUUGCUACUGGAACGGGAACCCUUCUUCUGAUCCUCUCCGAUGUGAAUGACAAUGGCCCUAUACCAGAACCUCGAAAUAUGGACUUCUGCCAGAAGGAUCCGCAGCCUCAUAUCAUCAACAUCAUUGACCCAGAUCUUCCCCCCAACACAUCCCCCUUCACAGCAGAACUAACACAUGGGGCAAGUGUCAACUGGACCAUCGAGUACAAUGACCCAGCCCACGAAUCUCUUGUUUUGAAGCCAAAGAAAAUCCUAGAGUUGGGUGACUACAAAAUAAAUCUCAAGCUCAUGGAUAACCAGAACAAAGACCAAGUGACCACCUUAGAUGUGGCUGUGUGUGACUGUGAAGGGGCCGUCACCAACUGUGGGAGGAACAGGCAGGUUGCUGAAGCAGGAUUGCAGGUUUCUGCCAUUCUGGGGAUUCUUGGAGGCAUCCUUGCUUUGCUACUCCUGAUUCUGCUACUUCUGCUAUUUCUUCGGAGAAGAGGGGUGGUCAAAGAGCCCUUACUGCCCCCAGAAGAUGACACCCGGGACAAUGUUUAUUACUAUGAUGAAGAAGGAGGUGGAGAAGAAGACCAGGACUUUGACUUGAGCCAGUUACACAGGGGCCUGGAUGCUCGGCCCGAAGUGAUUCGCAAUGAUGUGGCGCCAACCCUCUUGAGUGUACCUCAAUAUCGGCCCCGCCCAGCCAAUCCUGAUGAAAUUGGAAACUUCAUUGAUGAGAACCUGAAGGCAGCCGAUAGUGACCCCACUGCCCCCCCUUACGACUCUCUGCUCGUGUUUGACUAUGAAGGAAGCGGUUCUGAAGCUGCUACUCUGAGCUCCCUGAACUCCUCGGAGUCGGACCAAGACCAGAACUACGACUACCUGAACGAAUGGGGCAAUCGCUUCAAGAAGCUGGCGGACAUGUACGGAGGUGGCGAGGACGACUAGGGGACUCGAGACAGAUAGGGAAAGAGAUGGGUCCCUAUACUCAUGGGAUGGCAAAUGCAGGAAUAAUGUUUCUGGUUUUUCAGUUCCCUUCACUUGAGAUGAGCUUCUGGGGAAGAGAGACUGAUCAGUGAGGUAGUUAGGAUAGUUAGGAUUUCCACUUUAUAGAUCUAAUCUGUGUCUUAGAAAGAUUUUGACUUAUUCCUUGAAUCUUUUUGUUCUUUCAUCAUUCCGUACAUGGUGAUGAUGUCCAAAAGACCCCCAAAUGUCAAUAUUUCAAAAGAAUAGCUUCAACCUUAGAAGGUUCUGCUAGCAACUGGUGGAUUUCCUUAAGGGCUUUGUCUCAUUUUUAAAAGGAAGCGGAGGGGUCAACUGCCCUAUUGUUUCAUAUAUACAAAAAGUUAUUUUUAAUUCAUGUGUUGUUUUUUUUUUCUCCUAUCACUGCACUGAUGUCCCAUGUUCUGAUAUCCUGUUCUACUCCUUCUGAAUUGACAUCGUUCCUGACAGGAGCUCUCUGAUGCAGAAAUCAUUGGGUCCUUGUAGGGCAAUAGCCUUGUGUCUUAGUCUGGCCAUAUCUUAAGCCCUUUAACGGUUUUCCUUUUUCAUCUCCUGAGUAGGUAACUUGAAAUGGGCAUCCAUUCAUAGUAAGAAUGUUUGUUAUGUGAAUGUUAUUAUGGGUACUUUGGUUCUAAACAGGGAACUUGACCGGAAAAUGUGAUGAGUUUUCAGGUGCCACUUAACUGUUAAUGUUCAUUCAUCAUAAAACAAGAGUGAUACAUUCCGAGACUCAGGAUAGUGCCUAAAGCACUGCACCCAAAGACAGAAGGCAGCUUGUCACAGCAGAGGGGAAACAUGGAAACGGGGCUUGGAGAUGGUGGGAGAGAUUGUCAUUGAGCCUGACAAUUUACCAAACUGAGAGUGAAGAUGCUUAAAGUGGCAUUACCUCCAGCCCUGAAAAUUCUGGAAGAAUGGAGGAAUCUCAACAUGUCUUUCCUACCAAGAGCCUUAUACUGUGGUUUGUGUCUGAAGCCCAGAAUCUCCAAGUGCCUGCCUUUGUUGACAUCUACAGAAAAUGCUGGCUGAUCUGGACACAUUUGCCCCAAAUUUCUUAGGAGCAGGAAGAAAACACUGUUUUGAAGGGUGUUAGCAAGGGGAGGUAUGGAGGUAGGGGGAACCUUGAUUUGGAUCUUCUUUAGGUUGAAAUGCGACCUUCAAGAAACUUGACAACCACAGAAAAGAAUUUUAUUUAAAUUGCUUUACUGUCUGUCAGCUGUUUUUAGAAGAAAAAAAAUCAUCCCUACAAUCACUUCUUGGAAUUGUCUUGCUUUUUCAACAAUUUAAACUCUAUCUAAUGUAGUUCUGUGUAGUAAAUGUCACUACUAAAUGUCACUACUAAAUGUAGUUUUGAGUGUAUAUGUGUGUGGGUGGUGAUAAUUUUGUAUUUUCUU